GCUCGAGAUAAUUGAAAAUAUGAAGUACAAUGGUGGAGGAGCAUCGGGUUGAUUUGAUCCAAAACGAUUCUUUCUGCUCCGGCGGCCAAACAAUAUUCCCCAUGCUGGCGGCGUUCAAUUCUAUAAACCUCAAUCACUUUCAUCACCACCACCACCACCGCAUUUUUUCUUCCUCCAUUUUCACAUUUACAAGGACAUUAUCAAUGGUCGCCGCCGCCGCUUCUUCUUCUUCAUCUACGAACAUCAAUAAUUCCGGCGGUGGCGGCGCGUUCACCACUCUCACCGAAAGAGUCACUUUCGAGAGAGAAAUCAAAAAGAGCAAAUUCAUCGCCGUUUCUGGCCCCAUUUCCGAUGAACGCUCCGCCUUCGCCUUCCUCUCCGAGGUUCGUGAUCCUCGUGCCACUCAUAAUUGUUGGGCUUACAAGGUUGGAGAUCAAACUCGGAGUAAUGAUGACGGUGAACCAUCGGGUACAGCGGGCAAGCCAAUACAAUCUGCAAUUGUCUCUUCAGGGAUAGAUAGAGUUAUGGUUGUUGUUAUCAGGUAUUUUGGAGGAAUCAAACUUGGUACUGGAGGAUUAGUCAGAGCAUAUGGAGGGGUAGCUUCAGAAUGUUUGAGAAAUGCCCCAACUUGUGUUGUAAAAUCCAAAAUUCCUAUGGGAUUGGAGGUUCCGUUUGAUCUUUUAGGGAUCCUGUACCAUGAACUUCAGUCUUUUCAAGUUGAGGACAUCAAGCAAGACUACGAGACAGGAAAAGAUAAUGUUACGAUGGUCACUUUUAAAGUUGACUUUGACCGGGCACAAAGUCUCGAAGAAGCUCUAAAAGCCAAUUGUAGCCGUGAUAUUGUCAUUUACAAGCAGUGAACAUACAUUAUAAAUACAAUUUUCCGGUAUAAGAGCUAAAAUUUACAAGCCCAAAAGCAGACCUUUACUUUCACAAGAUUUUUAAUUUAGAAACUUGGUAUUAUGAUGCUUUUGUAUAUAAUGCAUUUGUAAAGAAAUUUGGUUCAGUUUCUAAUUGAAUUAAGAAUGAAUUUCUUGCAUUUUUACCAGUGAGCUGUCGUCUCUUCCAUUUUAUAAUAGAUUUCUGUGGUAACAAAAGUUGUGAUACAGCUAGCUCACACUGAUUUAUCAGUUGUUGUUUUAGCAUAAGUCUUUGCAAAUUAAAUUGUUUCAUUUAUGCUAUAUGUUUUUUGCUUGAGCUGAGGAAACCAAAAGAAAGAUGGAAGAAGGAAAAAUCACAAGACAUGGGAAGGCCGAACCAAGAACUAGCAAUCACGUCCAAGUCUAUACGAGGAAAAUGAAGCUUUCGUUCUGAGGAAACCAAACAAAAGAUGGAAAAGUGAAAUAUAAUAAGAGAUGGGACGGACGAACCAAGAACUAGCAACCAUGUCCAAGUCUAUACGAGGCGAGGCAACCUUUCAUGCUGAGGAAACCAAACAAAAGAUGGAAAAGUGAAAUAUAAUAAGAGAUGGGACGGACGAACCAAGAACUAGCAACCAUGUCCAAGUCUAUACGAGGCGAGGCAACCUUUCAUGGUAAGUUUGUUUUUCUUACAGCCAUUGUUUCGAAUUUUAGUUUCUUUUUUUGUCAGAUAUAAUCUACUGUUAAAAAUAAUUGUGCGUUCUAUAUAGGAGUAACUUUCAUUAAUCAU